CUUUUCUUAAACCCAAUAAACCCUGGAGCUUCCAUGUAAAUGCCUCAUCUCUUCGUUUCAGAGCUGCAGCGGCUGGAGACCAACAACCUAUGAUACAUUUUUACAAACUUUCAAUUCAUAACCUCUUUCAGUUCUUCACUUUUAUUCUGAUAUGCAAUCGUCUUAUUUGAUGGCCAUAGCCAGCAUUGCUAGGGAUUCUGGAGUAAAAGGAAGGCUCACAGCCUCGUUCGGAUCCGACCUGAAUACAGGAGAGAACCUGAUUCUGCAACUUUGGAUGGCCUUAUUGCUGACACCACCUGCCAUUUUCUCUCUCGCAAAGCUCUCCUCAAAGUCCUCCAGAAUGGCUCUAAACCGAACUUCCUCCAAUCCUCCGAAUUUCACCACAGAUGGGAAAAGGAAGCUCCCCAUAUUGCUCUUUGACAUCAUGGACACCGUUGUUCGUGACCCUUUUUACCAGGACGUUCCUGCCUUCUUUGGUUAAAGUGAAAUUUUGUCAGAAUGUCUUUGAAGGAACUAAUAGAAUGCAAGCACCCGACAGCAUGGAUCGAGUUUGAAAAUGGGAUGAUUAAUGAGUAUUAGGCUGGAGUUUCUUUUUCUGUUUCUUCAGUAGAUUGCUGCUGCUUUUUUCAAAAGGAAGUUAUGCUUCGUGUUAAAUAACAUUUAGCAGUUUACUCAUUGGUAUAGUGGUUAACUUGCUUUGUCUCUUUUAGAUAACAAGACUACUUGUUGACUAGGCCCAGUUUUCCUUUUUUUUUUCAUAUAUUGAACCUAAAGAGGUGGUAAUAAACAAAACAGUUGUUA